UUAGUAGGCUUUGGAAAAAAUUAAGUGGCAUUGUUUGCAGUCACCAUGGAUGUUUUACUUUCAAAACUCAUUUAUACUGGAUCGGUUCUGCCACUGGUAAGUGGAAUGCAAUAGUUGUUGCAACAUAAAAUGAUGGCCGGGGCCGAUCCUCAGUCGUUCUCGUUCGAGACCAGGGACAUCGGCACCAACACGAUGGUCACGAUGAACGGCAACAUCCUAAAGUCGAAAGGACGCUGCCACACUAUGCACGAGGUCGCCUACAAGUGGAAGAAGGACUGCCGCAUCUGGCUCUGGAAGAACGACUAUCAGUUCAAGACGAAGCGCUCGAUCGCCGAACGCAUUGCGGAGGGCAUGAUCUACGAGGCCGAACAGUUCGACUGACAACUUUGUUCAUUUAAAAUUAGUAUUUAGUUGGUAGAUUGAACACCUGACACACUGACCGUUCGUAAUGUAGGUUUUCGUUUUUUGGAUUGAAUAAUCCACCAAUGUUUUAUUAAUCAAUAUUUCACUGUAAUGACUUUAAUGAAGAUUCACUUUUGUCCAUUUUGAUACCUAACUUUCUAUAUAUUUA